AUGGGGAACGGCGUUAGGAAAUAUUUUGCCUUUCGAGUUCGUCCCCAACCCUCUGACUUGCAGCCAGUCGAUGCAAAUGCAUGGAUUCUUGAGGAAGUGGGACGAGGCAAAGCAGGAAAACAUCGCCGACCAAAAUUCGGUGAUAUGAUUGGCUCCAUUUACAUCUUAACAGCACUUAUUGGGAAUUUAAAUUCCCCAUACACGAAGCUUAGUCGUGCAGGGCUGUUGCUAUGGAUACUGAGUAUGACAGUAAACUUCACAUACGACGGUUAUGAGUCACUUGCUAAAUAUGGCUACCCAUGGAUGGGUGUGCGCGGUUUGCUGUUGAUCACGUGUUGUGUUUGUACGUGGUUUACUAUUCGGCGUACGAUCCCGUGGUUGGAGAAGGGACUGGGGGAGCUGGAAAGGGAUAAGUGUUACAGGAAGGCGUUACGUGAUAUGAAAGUCAUCACAAAGGUGAGUCUCCGAGAUAGUCCCUCGGUUAGAGUUCAGACUUUACUUUUCACCGAACAAAUAAACCUUAGAUUUUAAGAAUACUCUGCUUUUCCAAGGAGAAUCAUCUUCUCCACAAAUUGACUGGCAUAUAGGAAUUUUCAACCCUCAGAUGUAUACUUUCAGCAAUGGAUUUAUGAUUUUAUCUCCACGGUCUAGAAACUUCCUUAUGUCCUGGGCGUGUUUGCUGUAAUUAGUGGAUCUAUUCAGUUUGGAAUAAUGCAGAGAGACAAGGCAACCCACGUGACCUUUGGAAAGUCAUCUGACCUUCAAAUCACCUUCAUAUUCCACAUGUUAAGGUUCCUGAGUGGUGUGCACAUGUUCUACGCCUUAGCCCUUUUUUGGAGCAUCCCCAUGUGUGUUAUGCUGAUGGUGGGGUAUUCAAUGAUUGAAUAUCAAGGUAAGUUAUGGGAUAUCUGGUUGUUAAGCGUAGAGCGCAUGAAUUCCUUUCCCUCCCCUCCCCGAAGUGCAUGUCCAUUUUGAACAAGCUUCAACUUCUGCUGAGUUUUGCAACUCUCUUGCUCUAGGAGAAACUUGCAAUUGAGUAGAAAAGUAGUUUUGGACUGUGCUGUCUUUGAUUCUCUUCGCUCCGUACACUCAUUAUCCUUUGUUUGACAAUAUGUGCGACUUGGUAAAGCAUAAAAAGUAGGAACUCUGCGUUUAGUGCGCCUCAGUCCCAGAGCUCCGCGCGGCGUACUAACAUCAACUGAAUUCUGCAGUUUCACCAGAUUGUUUUUUUUCGCUCGCGCGACGGACUUUGCCGAAAAACACGCUGGGACUGCUGGUAGUCUAUUUUUCCCACGAACGAGGUCGUUUGCAUGUCUUUACUUUGUGUUUGUAUUUCGCUUCUGGAGCAGGUGAGUUUUAUUCUGAUAAACGAAGGUGAUUCCAGUGGUUUCUGUGUACCAACUCUUAAUCAAAAACUGCUAUAAAACAGUUUCUAAAGGAUUGCCUCAAGUUGUUGUAACUUGCACUAUCUUUCGUUCAUGGCACGAGCGUUUGCGCUUAGCUGUGAUUGGUUGCACGUUUUCUCGUCAAUUCGACUGUUAGUAUUCAUUUUUUUUAAAGGUAUGAUGGUUUUAAUGAUCUCCUGCGCUAAUUAUCAAACCAUUGCUUGCUUUAAUUCGUUAUUGGUUACACUACUUCUACCUUACUCCUGAAAUUAAAAACUUGGGAGGAAAAUUUGAGACAGUCUUUCUGUCGUGAAAAUUUCCUUUAAAGCAAGUGCAGAUCUGAGUGGCCAUAUUCAAACCAAAUACGCUUACACCUUUUUCAAUAUUUUUAUCUCGACAGACUUCUCUUGCAUACAACUUAAACUCAGGGAAAAGCGACUGACGCUGAAACAGGCCAUAGAGGGUUACAACGAAAGAGUGCAGUUUGUAAAGUUAUCAUCUUCAGCUUGUGUGGUAAGUAAGUUAAGCGAUAUUUGAGAGUUUGUAGUAAUUAUGCUACUCUUUCGAGUGGUAUACCGUUAAAUAUCCCACGAGUUACUGGAAUUUCUCGUGAAACAUGAUCCCUUAGAUGGGUAAAUAAAACAAGAAAAUAUCAGUGAUAAAUAAGGCAUUUAUGACAUACCAAAAAAAGGUGCGCAGACUUCACGUUAAAUAUCUUUGAACUGGCUCACUAUUUUAUACGACCUUGAAACAUUUUCAAAACUGUUUCAAGCGCUUAUAAAUAAUAAUUUACGACAUAAAACUCAAAGGAUGUAUCAUAGAGUUAUGAUAGUCGAAUGCUGAAAAAGACCAGUUACUGAGCUCCGGUAAAGAAGACCGCAGCACUCGAUGGGGAGUGCGAGAAAGUCGAAUUUACAACGACCUUACCGUUAUCUAAUUAGCUGUAUAUUCUAAAGAGUUUUGUGAAACAGAGCAGGGAGGAUCAUUGUCUUGAGUUAUCUUGAGUUGGUGUCGCUCAAAGGAAACUCUAUCGAAUCAAGAGUUUUGAUCCAUUCUCAUAUUAUCUAGUGCUGGUUACUACAACCUUUUACCUUCUCCGUUCAUCACCCUUCUGUUGUUAAAUUUAUUGAAAACACUACUAAUUUUCUGAUAGAAGUACGACUCCAUCUUUUUUUUUUUUUUUUUUUCAGGUAAUACUGUGCAUGUUGAUUGCGUAUACUUUUGUUUCUUUGGCUGUCAACGCAUACGUCUUUCUGUUCCGAAAUCGAACGCUGUUCCUGUAUAUCGUCCACGCCCUCCUGCCUCUUGUGCUCGCAGCCUACCCACUAAGCACCGCGUCAUGGGUCACCAAGCAAUAUCAUUGGUUAGUAUAUCAAAGAUGAGUCGCUGCACUCCAAGAAAUGAUCGGUUUCUAUCUCCUCAAUAUAUUAUCGAGCAAACAGUGACGAGGAUUGACAAAACAAUCUGCUAGAUGGAGAAAAUCCAUGGGGAAGAAAUUAUUGAUAUUUGAGAUGAAAUUAUUCUUAGAAGAUAAUUUUACCGCCAUAAUCAUAUUUUUUAUAUUUCUUUUUAGGCAUCUGGUAGCAGUUGUGAAGGCGUGGGUCGAGUGUAGUGAUUCUGACUCUGACUCAGAAGACGAACGGCCUCUGAGCAUCACAAACGAGCAUGGCACCAGUAGAUUACCUUCUAACUACAAUGAAUCGCAGGCUCCAGAAACUACUCUUAGGAUUCACAUGCCUGAUACGGGCCAUGUGAUCGUGAAUUCAGCUUAUGACAACAUGGAAAGACUUCAAAAUGUACUUACUGGAUCAGCACUAUUCCUUGGCAAACUUCAGCACAGAAAAAAAAUCCCAAAGUUUAAUUUUGAAAAGUAUAUCUCAUAUCUUGAUAAAGUUUCGAGGAAUGUUGGCUUCUCGAUCGGUGUGGUCCCGGUGACCUGGGAACUAGUGUCGACUUUGUUUUUCUUCCUCAUCUCGCUGAUUGCUCUGUUUGUACAGGAAUCCAUAUUUGGAAAAGCGAAGAGCACGAUAACGAUUUGA